AUGUCUGCCGAAAACGACAACAAGCCGCUCGAGGAGGUCAAGGCCCCGGAGGCGAAGGCCGAAGAGACGCAGGAGACUCCGGCCGAUGCUAAGCCUGUCACCUCUUCUUCCGUGUUCUCCAUGUUUGGUGGUGGCGCCAAGAAGGAGAAGAAGGAGGAUGAGGAUCGCGGCGAUAACUCUGGCAGUGCCAAGGCUCAGCGUGAAGCCGCUGCUGCUGCUGCCGCCGCUGCGAAGGACGGCGAGGAGGAGGACCAGGCCCCAGAGUCCGACGACGUCCACUUCGAGCCCGUCAUUCACCUGACAGAAAAGGUUGAAGUCAAGACCAACGAGGAGAUGGAGGAGCAGGUCUUCAAGAUGCGUGCCAAGCUCUUCAAGUACAUCUCUGAAACACGCGAGUGGAAGGAGCGCGGUACUGGCGACGUGCGCCUGCUGAAGCAUCGCGAGAACGGCAAGACCCGGCUAGUCAUGCGCCGCGACAAGACCCUCAAGGUCUGCGCCAACCACUAUGUCGUCCCCGAGAUGAAGCUCUCCCCCAAUGUUGGGUCCGACAGGAGCUGGGUCUGGAACGUUGUUGCUGAUGUGAGCGAGGGCGAGCCCGAGGCCCUCACCCUAGCCAUCCGGUUCGCCAACUCAGAAAAUGCCAACCAAUUCAAAGACGCCUUCUUGAAGGCCCAGAAAGAGAACGAGAGCCUGUUUAAGAAGGCGAGCGAGGAGACUGAGGAGACGAAAGCGGCCGAGAAGGAGGAGAAGGAGGAGUCUGCGUAG